UUUCAAUCAAUUUCACAUACUUAAUUUCUUUUUCAACAUAUUGAGAAAUCUGUUUUGUGAAACUAAAAGUGUGUCAAAAUAAUAUUUGUGCUUACUUUCAACGUUCCAUCAUUCUCAGUUUAAAGGUACGCGGCAGAAGUAUUCAUCAGCGUUCAAUGAAGUACACAAUAUUACUUCCAUUGCUGUUCGUUUUGCAAAAUAUUGCAACUAAAGGAGCCAAAGAUGUCCUAGAAGGCAAAUACAAGAUCAACAUACCCGAACGUCCUGACACCAUUUUCCCACCAUUACAAAACUACAACAUAAAGUUGACCAAACACUGCCCAGAAACGGAUUGCACAGUAGAAGUUUCACGCCACCACAUCGUCCCCUUCAACAACCUCUCAACAUUCUAUAAUAAAUUGGUACAGAAAAGCGAAGCUUGGAAAUUACGAUCAUUCUUGACCAAAUUCGAUGAAAAAUUCGGUCAAUUUUACCGCCAGAAAGCGUUUAAUGAGGGAAAUAGAAACAAAUACGAUAGCACCAUCAAAAAUGUGCAUAAGUUAAUUCAGGGAUUAUACUAUAAUAAAAUCGUAUACGAUCCUAGCGCCAGAACUCCUGAAAAUUUCGACGAAUUCCAAGGAUAUUAUGCUUGGUUACCUGGAAAUUUAUUCAUUGGUCCUAAAAAACGUAGUGAUGAUCCGGGUAAAGAGUUUGAGAAAUAUGCCAAAGUUAUUGUAGGAGCUAGACGAUUUGAGAAUUUGAAAAAUGUGUACGAUUUAAUGCAAGCGUAUGUUGAUGGCAAAAAGGUAGAUUUUGGUAAGCUGUCGAAUGGAAUGAGAGAUAUUGCCAAUUUCUUAGAACCGCAAGCUUUGAAGAGCGGUGAUUGGGUGCGUAAUCAAGAUGGAAGCUAUAAAAUUAAAGUUUGAGGGAAUCGAAACCAAAAAUUCAAGGUGGCGAAGGUUUUAUUAAAAGAUAAUGUAGCAUAGUUACCUACCUAAUUAUCUACCAUUUAUUCUACCUACUUAUGGAAAUGAUCUAAUUUUAAUUUUAUCAAUGUUUCAAUCUUAGAACGAUGAACGAACAAUUGUAAUGAUUAUGUAAUUAUCUAGUAUUCUUAGAGCAUACAGAAUAGAAUAUUGAAUACGUUCUUGGAUGCAUUUUUUUCAACCUGUAAGUAAUUAUUGAACUUCAACCCCAUGUAUGUAUGUACCAUACCUAAUCUCUAAAUCCAUGUUUUCUGAGCAAAAUAAUUACUAUGCCAUGUUGAAUUUUUUCAGUAUUUUGCUAAUAAAAUGAGGUAUUUUGAUGA